AUGGGACCGGGGCCGGGUUCCCGCGGCCGCCGCCAGAGGGCAGCCUGGGAGCGCGCCGGAGGCCGGCCGGACCCGGGCCUGCCUGGGGCCCUCGAGGGUCCCGUAGCGCCCGCGCUCGUGGGUGGGUGGGGGCGCCGGGCGGGGCGGGGCGGGGCGGCCGAGCUCCGGGGAGCGAGCAAGUGGGCGGUCGAGGGCGGCGGCGGACAGCAGGCGGCGCUGGGGCUAGCGCUCCGGGCGAGCGCGUCAACAAGUGCUGUGUUUACCGACCGCCUGCGGGGCGCGCACGUGGGCAGGAGGGGCCCCGGGGUCGCCGGCACCUCCCGACCUAGCGGGGACGACGCGCACCACCCCUUUGCGCUCUGCCUCGCCUCUGGUGAGGGUCCCACGCUCCCGAUGAUGGGCGUGGGCACCCGGAGUUCUGCGGAGCAGGUUACUAGCUGCUUUGAGCAUCUUGCUUGGCCAGAGCUGCAGGUGACUGUGGACAUCGUGGUGGCUCUGCCAAAGUCAUUUUUGCGGGUUGAGAGCCUUAUGAGGGCACCGCACGGAAUAGGGUUUCCGUUUGUGGUUUUAUGA